CACAAUGAGGAGAAUUCACAUAAAAGGAGAUGUUCUGUGCACCCUGCUCAUGCUGGGGCUACUCUGUCUGCUGUUGUACGCCCACCAAUGCUUCACUCCCACCUGGGACACUUGGCACUUAGAGCAAGGCUCUACAAGCUCCCGUGCUCUUCUAGGGGCUCUACCAGAGAGCCACGUGACUAAACUGGUCCCCUCUACGCACCCAGAUAAGACAAAGUGCCAGUCUGAGCCUCAGUCACAUCCGAAGUCCAAACUUCAGUCUAAAUCCAAACCUAAGGCCAAGACCAAAUCUAGAUCCAAGUCAAAGAAAGAUGAGGGGACAAAGAAGGUUGCUUCAACAAAGGCUGCUCCUGUUUUACCCACACAACCACCUUUUGACUUUGAGGGUUACCUAAGAGAUAAGGACAACCGGGACUUCAGACUGCUGAUAGACCAGCCAGGGAAGUGCUCAGGCGAGCUCUACAUGCUCAUUACUAUCAAGUCCGUAGCAGCAGACUUUGAAAGAAGGCAGGUAGUGCGGCACACCUGGGGAAGAGAGGGUGUUCUCCCGGAUUUGCAGACAGUGAAGACUGUAUUCCUCCUUGGGGUACCCAGGAACAAGACAGCCCUGCCUUUAUGGGACCGGCUCCUUGCCUAUGAGAGCCACACCUUUGGGGACAUUCUGCUCUGGGACUUUGAUGACACAUUUUUCAAUUUGACACUUAAAGAGACCCACUUCCUCCAGUGGGUGAAUGACAGCUGCUCCAAUGUCCAGUUUAUCUUCAAAGGUGAUGCUGAUGUCUACGUGAAUAUAGACAACAUUUUGCAGAUGCUGAAGGGUCAGAAGCCUGACAAGGACCUCUUUGUGGGUGACAUAAUCCACCACGCCCGCCCCAUCCGCCGGCGCAGCAGCAAGUACUUUGUGCCUGAGUUUGUGUACGGCCAGACGAUGUAUCCGUCAUAUGCAGGAGGGGGAGGCUUUGUGAUGUCCGGCCACACCGCCAGGCGGCUGAGUGGAGCGUGUCAGCAGGUAGAACUAUUCCCCAUCGACGAUGUGUUCUUAGGCAUGUGCUUAAAGAGAAUCGGAGUCAAACCGUCACGCCAUGAAGGUUUCCGUACAUUUGGAAUUGUGCGCCCCUCGGCUGCUCCCCACCUCCAGGUGUUUGACCCUUGUUUCUACAGGGAGCUGAUGGUGGUACACAGCUUGACAGUGCCACAGAUCUGGCUCAUGUGGAACCUGCUGCAUGACCCCCAACUGAGCUGUCACAGUAACCUGGCCCCCACCCCAUGGCCCUUUAAGUGGGGGGGCAAGGUACUCGGAACAACAGGACAGAAGGACUCCGAGACUACAGUGGAACAGGACUAUGAUGUUACAGUGUUUGUAAAGCAUUGAGGGCUUUGUGUUAUGUCGAUUAGAGGGACUACACUGUGAAAGAGCCAUUGGGAUAUGGAAGCUGUGAUUGAAUGUUUGGUACAGUUAUUUUUAGGUAAUACAGUGGUUUUUGCUUAACAGUUUACGGCCAUGGUAAAUGUGCAUUGUCUCUAGGAAACAGAAUUUUUUUCUUAUCUUUUUCUUGGAAACAUCCUGGAUGUAAAACCAGUUGGUAAAUUUAUUGUGGUGGUAAUGUUUUAAAAACACCCCUGCUGCAUUUAGGUACAGUAUGACUUACUUUGUUUAUUUUAUUGCACAGAGCCUCAAUAAGGUCAAUAUAGAUUGAAACAUGUGCCAGGUUGAUUUUGUGCAAUUGAAUAUACAGUACAGCGUUGUAAAUUAAGAAUCUUUGGGUGCGUUCGUAAAUUCACUCUGGCUAUCUACUCUGAUUUCAGAGCACUCUUGUCUGAGUGUGUCAGAGCGCAGAAUAACUGAUGAAUUUACGAACACUCAACACCCGUUGAAUAUGGCCGGCGUCAGUAAACGUCGGCAAAAAAAAGUAAUUAAAUUGUUUCCAGCAGCACAGUUACAGUCACCAACGCUCUGGAUAGCUCUGCUAGGGCGAGUAAAAUGGUUCGAGUGAGGUGUUCUCUAAUUUGUGUCUGGAAGUAGCUAGCAAGCUCUGAAGCGCAACGCUCUGAAUUUACGAACGGACAAUCUGACAACGCUCUGAAUUUACGAACACCCAGAGCGCACUCUGAGUGCACUCUGGCAAUCCAGAUUGAAUGUACGAACACACCCUUUGUGUGCGAUUACACAUCAGAUGAUACAUGUAGGUAGACUUGAAUCUGAAAUGAAGGGAGACAAAGCUCAAAGCAUCAACUGUAGCUGUGGCAGGAAGUCCCCAAUGGACCUCAUUAUAUAUAUAUACUGAACAAAAAUAUAAAUGCAACAAUUUCAAAGAAAUGUUGUUCCACUCCUCUUCAAAGGCUAUGUGAAGUUGCUGGUAUCUUUGCAUUCAAAUUGCCAUUGAUAAAAUGCAAUUGUGUUUGUUGUCCGUAGCUUAUGCCUGCCCAUAUCAUAACCCCAUCGCCACCAUGGGGCACUCUGCUCACAAUGUUGACAUAAGCAAACCACUCGCCAACACAACGCCAUACAUGUGGUCUGCGAUUGUAAGGCCGGUUGGACGUACUGCCAAAUUCUCUAAAAUGACGUUGGAGGUGGCUUAUGGUAGAGAAAUGAACAUUCAAUUAUGUGGCAACAGCUCUGGUGGACAUUCCUGCAGUCAGCAUGCCAAUUGCGCGCUCCCUCAAAACUUGAGACAUCUGUGGCAUUGUGUUGUGUGGCAAAACUGUACACUGGCCUUUUAUUGGCACCAGCACAAGGUGUACCUGUGUAAUGAUCAUGCUUUUUAAUCAGCUUCUUGAUGUGCCACACCUGUCAGGUGGGUGGAUUAUCUUGGCAAGGGAGAAAUGCUCACUAAUAGGGAUAUAAACAAAUUUGUGCACAACAUUUUAGAGAAAUAAGCUUUUUCUGCAUAUGGAACAUUUCUAGGAUCUUAUAUUUCAGCUCAUGAAACAUGGGACCAACACUUUACAACACUUUGUUGCGUUUAUAUUUUUGUUCAGUGUAGUUCCAGAAAUCAUUCUUAGAAACGUUCCAACAGAGGUACAGUUUAUAUAUUCAUGAAUGUUAUGUGCACAGCACCUACUUUAGUUCACAAUUCGCUACACUGAAGAUGACAAUCACCAAGCAACAAACCAAAGCCCAGAGAAAACCCUGAAAAGUUAAGGGAGGGUGGUGUGCUUUCACUUACAAUACUUCUGAUAAUCAGAAUCCUUACAUGCUGUUUCUUUUUAAACGUGUUAUGUUCAGCUAUACCUCCAACUGUAGUCCAGAUGCUGUAAGUAGACGACAUGCUGUUGAUAUCAAAAUGUAAAGCAAUCAGUUAACACUGAAAUUGUCCCUGGUGGUAAACAUGUGCAUGUACUGCUUUUUUUGUUCUUUAAAAAGAAGAAAAUACAGCUCAA